AUGAGCAAACCAUAUGCGUAUGCACGGAUCGUCAAGCCAGCUCGGCCUACAACUGUCAAAUCGACCUUCAAAAACCAGUCAGAGUUCGAAGCCACUACUCCAUCGACAUCCCAUUCACCAGUUUCUCCAGGUACACUACGUCAGAUUAACAAUACUAGAGUAGCUCCAAAUACAUUCGAAACAACCUCAACCCCUAGGGUUUGUGAGCUAGCAGAGCUCCAGCAACAAACUGUCCAGCCUGCCCCCGGAGGGACGGGAACUCUUGGUAUUGACGAAACUGCUUCACCAGUAGCUCGCUCCAAUAUCACCUCUCUUGGUAUCCAUUCCCAAAACAACGAAUUCUUGGUCAGCCCAUCAAGCACUGCAAUGAACAAGAGCCCUGGCGUACAGACAGAAAAGAGGUCCGAGACUCUGCAAGCGACUACCGCAAAUGUGGGAAAGCUAUCUAAACUCUCGCCAGCAGACCUCAUAGCCUCCCUCCGAUAUUACGACAGACAGCGUGGGACACUGCCAGAUGAGGAACCUUUAUCUUCAGAAGACGUUGCCGUCCUCGAAUCCGCCAGGACCAAAUUAAAAAGUGGAUUAAAGUCAACAUCACAAUAUGAAACAACUUCAGAGUAUUCUACAAAAAGGUUAAAUUUCAAAACGAUAGGCAUUGUAGCCUCCUCCGUCGUCGUAGGCGUAUAUAUUUUUGGAGUCGGGACCAAAUUGAUUUCUGUACAACCAGAAUCAACAGCUGCAGUAGAACUUCUGUCUGCGGUCCAGCGCUCGAAACCUACAAGGGGCCGAGUAGAUUAA